AUGUUCCGACGCGGGCCCGAAUCUGCGGGGCAAAGUCCCCUGCAGGCUGCGAGGUCGGUUUACGGCAUUCGGAUCACGGCUCAACGGACCGAUGGAGUAUGGGAUGAUACACGAAGGCUUGCAAACGACAGAAGUAACGGCAAUCUCUGCUUCGGGAGCAGUAUCGGUAUGAUGGAGGACUACGAGGCAUUGAGGGAGCUCGUGCGGGGAACUGAAGUCGCUGGUGUAGAACUCUCCGCCUGA